CGUGUAAACAAUAAAAAUCCGCAUAAACAACAUAGCUUGAUUUGAAACUGUCUCUGAGAUUAUGGCGUAUUUGCUUCAAUUAGCCUUGCCAGUAAAAAUAUUGCUAACAGUUUGUGUCGGCCUGGUUGUGUGCGCAACAUUUACAGACAAUGAACUAUUACAAUACAGAGAGAGAGUGCGAGCAAUGUUCUACCACGGCUACGAGAAUUAUUUAAACAAUGCUUUCCCCUAUGAUGAACUUCGACCUUUGACCUGCGACGGGGUAGACUCAUGGGGAAGCUAUUCUUUAACACUUAUUGAUGCCUUGGAUACCUUGGCCAUCAUGGGUAACUACAGCGAGUUCAGGAGAGUUUCUAAACUGCUUGGGAACCAUCUGGAUUUCUCUGAAGACAUCAACGUGUCUGUGUUUGAAACGAAUAUCAGAGUUAUUGGAGGAUUGCUAUCUGCGCACCUAUUGUCCCAGAGAGCUGGUGAAGAUCUGGAGCCAGGCUGGCCCUGCACUGGACCCCUACUGGCCAUGGCUGAAAAGGUAGCCAGGAGAAUUCUACCAGCUUUUAACACACCGACGGGUAUGCCCUAUGGUACAGUCAACUUAGCCCACGGGGUACCAGCAGGAGAGACUCCGGUCACGUGUACAGCGUGUGUAGGAACGUACGCCAUCGAGUUUGGAACGUUAAGUCGCCUGACCGGAGAUCCUGUAUUUGAACAGACAGCACUCCGGGCUCUCACUGCAAUAUGGAAAUCACGAUCUGAUAUUGGACUGUUUGGUAACCACAUUGAUGUCUUGACAAGGAAGUGGACAGCAUUGGAUUCAGGGAUUGGUGCAGGGGUAGAUUCACUGCUGGAGUAUCUCGUCAAGGGAAGCUUGCUGCUUGGGAAUACAGAAUUACUUGACAUGUUUUGGGAGUAUGAAAACUUGACGAAGCAGUUCAUGAAGCGAGAUGACUGGUACAUGUGGGUCAACAUGAAGAAAGGUCAAAUCUCGAUGCCUGUAUUCCAGUCACUGGAAGCCUACUGGCCAGGCUUGCAGAGCCUUUUAGGGAAAACAGAUGAGGCCAUGAAGACUUUGCAUAAUUACCAUCAAGUGUGGCGACAAUUGGGAUUCACUCCGGAGUUCUUCAAUAUUGUUACAAAUAAAGCUAUCGAUAAAAGAGAAGGUUACCCACUGAGGCCAGAGCUAAUAGAGAGUGUGAUGUACCUAUACCAAGCAACCAAAGAUCCAUAUCUUUUAGAAGUUGGACGAGACAUCCUCACAUCAAUAGAGACAAGUGCUUGGACACCGUGUGGAUACACAAGUGUAAAAGACGUCCGGAAUCACAAGCUCGAUAACCGUAUGGAGUCGUUCUUUCUCUCCGAAACCACAAAAUACCUCUACCUCCUGUUCGAUCAGGACAACUUCUUGCAUAACAACGGUAACCACGGAGAUGUCAUCAAGACCCCCCACGGAGAAUGUGUCCUCAACGCCGGCGGUUAUAUUUUCAACACGGAGGCUCACCCGAUCGACGUGGCAGCUCUGGACUGCUGCCACCGGGCAAAAGACGUCAAUGUUUUAGAGACAAUGCUAGAGGCCUUACACGGACGCCGUGAAAAGUUUGAAUUUGUGACGGAUUAUUUAGAAAAAAAAGCUGUGCAUUGGAGCUCUGAAGGACUACCUGAGGUGGCUAAUUGCUCGGUGAAAUCUUUCGGAAGUAGGUGGUCGUUAAUGGGGGAGAUGAUGGACCCAUGAUCACAUUCAUACAAAAUUAAAAAUUAAAAUUUAUCCCUUUGCUAUCUAUUCAAUCAUGCAAAGCCGUAGAUCCAUUUACAAAUGACAUCCUUGCCAUUUAGGGACCUUGUCAAAGUAAGUCCAGGACAACCAAUGGAUAUAUAUAGCCCAAGACAAAGAAUUUUGCCUGACAUUGUAUCACCUUGUUUGAAAUUGGGUUUCAGAGAAAACAUGGUAGAAGUUCAAAGUGCCUGGAUCACUAUCUACUGGUAAACAAGCAAGGGUCGAUAAAUGUCUCAAUUAAAAAUAUCACUACAUUUAUUUGUCAAAUGCAAUGACCUCAAAACCUUCCAGAUCGCUCCAAAUCUGUACAGUUGUUAUACAUCAUUUAAUCAGCCAGUCAAACCAAGGAGCACUCCAAGGGGUACAUUGGCAAGGGGCUUGUCUUUAGUGCACCGGAGAACUGUGUAACUUACAGCAAGUAAGCCCACGUCUCUCAUAGAUCGAAAAUCCAACAAAUAUUUUACAUCAGCAAUUUGUUUAUCCGACUACCUGUCCUCGAUUCAUUUUGACAAGACCCCUCCUGCUGCUGUGUGAAUUUAGCUCUCAGCCUUGUUUUGGUUACCGACGGACAAAGGUCAAGUGAAAGAAUCAAGAUAUCUUAAGUCAAAAGUUUAGAGACCAAAAUCAGCACACCUCUUGAUGCUUGGUGGAAAACAUAAUUUUUUUCGAUCAAAGUAUUUGUGCAAUAAAUUAAGAUUUCUUUGAGCUAAUCUUUUACCAUUCUUUAAAUACUUUUAAAAAAAUGAAGGGUGCUUUGCAACUUUGUUCUGGUUUCUCUCCCACCAAAAUUAUAAUGUGGUGAAAUGUUCAUUUAAAAUAAAUAUUUAAAAAAAAAUCUAAGUGAAAAUAAGGAGAAAUUAGUACAAUCUCUUCAAAACAGUUCUAUAAUUUAGUUAAAUUAAUUUCUACUGCCUAACAAAUGAACAAGUGCACCAAUGCUUUCAACGAUCAAACCUCAAAAUGCUUCAUUUUGUCAUGGAAUUUUGUGCUAUCGGACUUUGAUUUUGAUUUGUAACUACUAAUUGUUUAUUGUACCUGAUUUAAAUAAAUCACUGUAGCUCGCAAGCCUGGAGAAACUUUCAAACUUUAUUUGAAACCGAAACAAUUAUUUAUAAUAUAACUAGAGGGCAAACAAAUCCAUGUGACGCAGCCCAACAGGAAUAAUUUUGGCCCUUGGGAAAAUGGUGCCGACCAUUUAUAUAACGCAGGUCACACUACCAACAUUCUGCAAGGGGAACGUUGUAUGUAGUUAACCUAUAGUGAUUUAAGCCCAACGUAGGCCAUCGCUGUUUGUGUGUAAAUAGAGUGCCCCCUCUAUUUCUAUUAUAAAUCUUUGGUUAAAGACACUGGACACUAUUGGUAAUUGUCAAAGACUAGCCCUCACAGUUUGUGUAUCUCAACAUAUGCA